GUCACCCGGUCAUAGUCGCAGUGGUACACCCGCUGACGUCAUGUAGGGGGUUAGCGGAGGAGACAGCCGCCCAGGAGUGGGCAGGACGGGCCGUGACGUAGCCGGUGACGUCAGUGAGGCCGGAAGGACUUGAAGACACCAGUGCAGUGUACUGGGAGCAGCCAGUAGCGGCAGGACUGGGACCAUGGCAGAUGAGAAGGAGAAGUUGAUACAUGAGACACGGAAGAGAUUUACUGAAGAAUAUUUGCAAGACAACACCAGUAAAUAUGAUUCCCGUGAUGUGGAAAGACUACAGAAGGACGAUGCCUGGGUGGAAAGUUAUGUGUAUUGGAGGCGCAAUGUGGUAGAGGAUGCACUGAAGAUGAUUGAUGAAAGCUUCCGAUGGAGAAAAGAAAUAAACAUUAAUGAUUUGAGUGAGUCUGUUCUACCCAGAUGGUGUUUUGAUGUUGGAGCUGUCUACCUACAUGGCUAUGAUAAAGAAGGCAACAAACUGUUUUGGCUCCGAGUAAAGCUCCAUGUGCGAGAUAACAAAACAAAUGAGGAUAAGAAGAAAUGCAUUGCGUUUUGGUUGGAGCGUUAUGCCAAAAGGGAGCCAGGAAAACUACUGACUGUUGUCUUUGACAUGGCUGAGUGCGGAAUUACUAACGUUGAUAUGGAUUUUGUUCGCUUUGUAAUCAACUGUUUUAAGAUCUACUACCCCCGAUACCUGUCAAAGAUUGUGAUAUUCGAAAUGCCAUGGAUAAUGAACGCUGCUUUUAAAAUUAUAAAGGGCUGGCUUGGUCCAGAAGCUGUAAACAUGCUGAAAUUUGUGAACAGGAGUGAAAUUCAAGAGUACAUCAGUGCCGAGUACUUACUUCCACACAUGGGAGGAACGGAUCCCUUUAAAUACAGUUAUCCUCCGUUACCCGAUGAUGAUUUCCAAACUCCAAUGUGUGAAAACGGACCAGCAUCUUGUGAGGAUGAAUCAGAAGCCAAAGAGGAGAGUGAGAUGGAUGCCAGAGACACGGUGGAUUCAUUAUCAAUCGAGGAGAGUGCACCAAAGCCUAAAAAGUUACACAGCGCAGAAGAUCAUUUCAAACAUGACGACAGCGAAAAGACUGAUGCCAAGCCAAAAAACCACAGGAGGACAUCGACCGUUUUUAAAGGGCCUUUACUACACAUUAGUCCUGCGGAAGAGCUGCAUUUUGGAUCCAAGGAAAGCGGAGAAAGGAAAUGUGUUAUCGUCCUCAAUAAUGUCACCAAAAAUACGGUGGCCUUUAAGGUGAGGACCACAGCCCCUGAUAAAUUUCGGGUCAAACCAAGCAACAGCAGUUGUGAACCUGGCUCCACGGUCGACAUUGCGAUCUCUCUUCAUGCAGCAUCCACUGCAUCGCUUCAAGACCGCUUCUUAGUAAUGGCUGGCGAGAUGGAGCAAACUUCGGGAACUGGAGCACAAGAGCUGGCACAGUUCUGGAAGGAAGUGCCCAGGAAUAAGGUCAUGGAGCACAGAUUAAGAUGCCACGUUGUGGAAGCCAACAAACCUGCCACACUAGGAAUAAAGGAGAACGCAAUGAACAGGCCAUUAUUAAGCAAUGAAGAUCUGCAUUUUAAGAUAAAUCAGCUUCUAGAAACGAACCGAAAACUGGAAGAACAGAUUGGACACUGCGUCUGGUACCAGCACUUAAUAGCACUCUUAUUGUCUGUUUUAGUUGCCAUCGUCUCGGCCGUCGUAUACAUGCUGAAGGACACAAGCAGAUAAUCCAUUUAGCCCGGGACAAUAUGAGAUUUUGUCUGCCACAUAAUUAUUUAAUAUGCUAUUCCUGCAAGAGGUCUCUUCUGACAGAACCAAAGCUGCCUUUAGUGUUCGGCAUAUAACAGAUCUAAUCUACGAAAUGACUAACACUUACCAAGAGCGCGGAGAGAAGGACGGUGGGAUGGAGAGCACUUCCAAUACAUCUGUAUCCCGAUUCUCAGGUUAUAUUGGUGCUUCUAGUAGGAAUCAUCGAUAUCAUUCAUUGUAUAGAAGUAGCUUAUUACCUUCUCAUCAGCUAGAGCAGUGGACUGAAGCCAAGGUUGACACGCGGCAUCUUCUGUAUGUGAUUCUCUCCCCCUAUUUUUUCCCUUCCUUUAUCCUGCUUCCUCUUUAGCGUCUCCCUCUCACCAAUUCCCAGAAGCCCUCUGCCCAAGAACUUGAGCUGUGUGAUCUUUUGUACUCAAGAAUUUCGGAAUCCUCCUUCAGCAGUCUGGAGUUUAUCAAUAAGUGGAAGAUAACUAAAUCCGACCAUACACAUUAAUGUUCAUGAACCUGCCAAAACCAGCCAACCAUCUAAUGUGUAUGGGGGUGUCCCAGGUCUCCCUCAACGGCAGAUGUCAGGGGGAAUGAAGGUUCGGGCAUGUUGGUUUUCAACAUUUUUGUACCUUUGUACUCGAGAGCGGUGUCUGGCAGCAGCUUAUUUCCAGCUCCCUAUGGAGGGCACUUGCAUGCUCUUUUAAGCAGAGUGUGCACUAGUGGUAUCUGGGAUCUGAUUCCGCAGAAAGGCAAAGGCCUUCAUGCUGCUUUGUAUUUAAAAUUAUAUAUAUUUAUAUAUAUAUAUAUAUAUAUAUUAGUUGUCCGGUGGCCUACACCAAUAAUGGCAUAAUUGUUCUAGAGCAGGGAUCCCCAACAUACGGCCCUCCAGCGGUUGCAAAACUACUCCCCUACAUGCCCUGAUAGCUGUAGGCUGUCCAAGCAUGCUUGGAGUUAUAAUUAUGCAAAAGCUGGAGGGCUGCAGGUUGGGCAUCCCUGUUCUAGAGGCACCGUGUGGUCAGUCAGGCUUGGAGAUGCCAUACACAUAUAGUACAGAGAGUGUGGAGAAACAGUACUCGAAGGCCUGCUCCCAGUAUCGCUGUAAGGCCUCUUGCACACGUUUAUGUUCUGUUUUUUUUGCGUUCCGUGUACGGACCCAUUCAUUUCAAUGGAUCCGCAAAGAAAACUGAAGAUACUCCAUAUGCCUUCCAUUUCUGUUC